ACCAGAACCCGCAGGGGCGGCCAGCCUAUGGGGCGGAGCCGCUCCAAGCCGGCAACUACUCGCUUGUGUUGCUUAUUCAGCUCAGCCUGCUCUCCUUUGACCUGUUUGUCAACUCCUUCAGCGAGCUGCUGAGGCACGAACAAGCGGUCCAGAUGAUACUGUUCAUCAUUCAGGACAUCGCCAUCCUCUUCAACCUCAUCAUCAUUCUCUUGAUGCUGUUCAACACGUACGUGUUCCAGGUCGGUCUGGUGGCCGUAUUGUUGGAGAGGUUUAGAGCGCUGCUAAUGCUCUCUGCCCUCUAUCUGACCUUCAGUGUAAUACUCCAUUCCUGGAUCAUGAAUCUGCGAUGGCUAAAUACCAACAGAUUUAUUUGGACAGAUGGCCUUCAGGUGCUGUUUGUGUUCCAAAGAGCCGCUUCCGUCUUGUACUACUACCUCUACAAGAGGACCUCGGAGUAUUUGGGGGACCCUCGCCUCUACGAGGACUCAGCGUGGCUGCGAGACGUCUUUGAACGGGUCAGACACUGACGACCGUUUUGUUAAUCAACAGACAAACCGGCGGGAACAUGGACAAUGGGACCAAACAAAGACGUCCAAACGGAAAGUGGAUCCCUUAGGUUUUUUGGGGGGGUCAUUGAGUACCGGAACUACAUGGAUGUAUAACUGGCUCGUUCCAUACCUUGUUAGCGAUCACUGAAAGUGUCACGCAUCAACAAUAUGCUCAUUAAAAACGUGCCAAAACAUUAAAUCGAUGUUUGAAUGUACAUGUGUGUCCUUUUUUGUGUUUUUUUUUUAAUUUAUACUGCAUGAUUUUAAAUGUUUGUAUUUAUUAUUUCAGACUGUGUAGCUGUGUGUCUGCAAUGUGAUAAUU